GAAAUUUUUCAAAGGUGUAACUUAUGAAAUGAUUGAACUUAGUCAGGGUCAGUUCCAACUAUCUAAUAAUCCACCUUAUUAUUUAUUUAGAAAUGAUAUUCCGACCAAUCUUUAUGGAACUUCAAAUGGUUGUUGGCAAAGAUUUCUCAAUGACUUCAUUUUUGGUGGAAUUUGGUCUAUUCUGCAGGCUGUAGCAGAUAAAAAUGGCUUGGUGUCUAUUUGGACCGGAAAUUACACUGAUGACUAA